AUGGAUAAAAUAAAAUGUUGCUGCGGUAAAAUGAUAUCAUUAACAAUAAAUCAUGGUAAAUUUCAAAUUUCAAAUUUUUACAGGCAUUUACAAGGUUCACGUAGUGGUAUUACUUGUAGAAAAAUCAAAGAAUUAAUUAAAAACCAGCAGUUACCAGUCGUUAACAUAAUCAAUAAUCAACAAUCAUCAUCAGUUUCAACUGCAGCAACAGAUCCAACAUUAUCAUCCAAUUUUGUGCCGUCGACUACUGAACCAGUUACGAUGUCAUCUAAUUCGACAAAUUCUUUAUCAUCAUCCAUCACAAUAUCAGUACAUGAUCGUGGUUUAAAUGAAAAAUAA